AUGUCAACCUACGCAUCAUCAAUAACAACAACAACAACAACAACAACAAUUGUAGCAACAUCAAAUCAAACAAUAACAAAACGUCCAUUAUUAACGCCGUCCACAAUAGAAAUAUUAUUAGAAGAGGACGAACAACAAUGUUUACCAAUAAAUACAUUACAAAUCGAUCGAAUAUGUUCAAAAAUUUGUCGUGCACAAAAAAUACCAUUCGGAAAAUUCGACAAUAUCAAUCAACCUAUAACCGAUACACAUUAUUUACCUUAUUGUUCAAAUCUAUUAAAUCAAAUAAUAGUCAAAGAAAAUUUUUUCAACGAAACAACAGAAACAGAAUGUCGACAAACAUUAAUACAAAUAUUAGCAAACGACAAAGAAGCUCGACAAGCUACGGAUUAUUUUGCUACUUAUAUGGAAGCAAUAGAUUCAGCAUCAAAAGAAAAUCGUUAUUCAAUUAUAGAUUCCGACUGUCUAAAAGCUUAUCGAACAUGGGCUUGUUCAGUUAAAAUUCCAUAUUAUUAUCAAAAUCAUCUUAUACCGCCUUGUCAAACGAUCUGUGAUGAAGUCGAGCGUGUUUGUCCUACAUUUCGACCCAGUGAUCGUGAACCAUUAUUUGCUGGACAACCAUUAUUUUUUUGCCAUGGAGGUAUUGUAGAUAAUAUUGAUUAUGGUGAACGACCAUAUUGUUUUGAUACAUGUCAUAUAUAUCAUGGUUCACUUCAACGUCCUUCCUCGUUAUCAUCACCCAUAUCAAAUCAAACUUCUUCUUCUUCUUUUUCUUCUUCUUCUUCUGUACCUUCAAUAGCAAAAUUUAUUGAAGGCAUUGUGACUACACCGCCAUGUUUUGAAAUCAAAACGUUAUCGCCUUCUUCAUCUGAACAAAACAAAUCAUCAUUAGUAUUUGUCGACGAAUCGAUAUUUGAUAAUACAAGUAAUACAUCUCUUUCUUCUUCAGCUAUAACUAUCAUAUCGUCAUCUUGGUCGUCGUCUAUUAUUUUAACUUUUAUUCUUCGUUUUUCAAUGAAAAUUCUUAUAUGA